AUGUCACUGCCCCGCCACCACCGUCGGCUCUGGCUGCUGCUGUUGCUGGUCCUGGCCUGGAGCAUCCCCCUCGAGGGCAUGCCGGCCGCCCGUGCAUUCGCCUCCGCCCGGCCCAAGCACAGGCGAGCCCAGACCAACUUUGACGACUCUGUGCUGCCAACAGACGUCUCCCCCGAGAUCCUGGCUACCGAGUCCUUUGUUGCAUCGUCAUCGCCAUCAGCAGCACCAUCACAGGCAUCAUCGGCACAACCAUCGCCGUCACCGUCGGCUGCCAUAUCCGGCCGCCAUGCCUCAAGCCCGUCGCCCAGCCCGCCUCCCACAAGCGCCACGCCGGCGACAGUCGAGACCGCCCCGCCGGCCAUCGUCAAGCCCAAGGUCAUCAACCAGGACUCAUCAGGCUCGGGCCCGAAUGACUUGUGGAACCCCUUCCGCGUCCUGAUGGUCAUGGUCCUUGGUGUUGCUGGAUUCGCGGUCGUUGUGACCACGACGGUGUUUGUCGUUCGGUCCGUGGUCGUCGAUCGCCAUCACCCGCUCUACCGAUUCAUGUGGGGAUCGACGUCGUCGCUCUCCCUCGGCACUGCCGAGCGGGUAUCGGAGGACGGCCUGGACAACAUUUCGACCCUAGAAGAGCCGCUGCCAGCAUACUCACCCCCCAUGGGCAACGUCAUGAGGCAGCCCUCUGUCAGAUCGCUCUUCCCGAGCUUGGCCCAGCGGUCCCCGACAGGACGAUCGUCCCUGGGCCGCCAGCCAACAACAGCCGAGCCCAGAGAGCCAUCAACUCCGGGCACGCCAAAGUCCCUUCCUCCGUCCUAUGAUUCGCUGGGACCAAGCGGGUCUCAGUAG